AUGGUGCAGCAAACGGACAACAUGGAUCGAAGUUGGAUGAGAGCAUCACGUAUCAUUGCUGAGUAUGGGACUGGGGUGGAACAGUUUCUCCAAUUUAUCGAAAUGCAUGCCCCUUCCUUGCGCGACAAAUAUUUUUGUCCAUGUGUGAAAUGUGGAAAUGGUAUACACCAGUCGCUAAAUGAAAUAAGAUCACAUCUAAUAUGUCACAGGGUGAUUCUAAAUUACACAAAGUGGAUAUGGCAUGGGGAAUUGCCAGAGAAUCCAACAAUCUCUCACACUGAGGCAGUCGAUGUAGAUACGAGUUGUCGUAUAGAAGAAAUGAUUCGCGACCUAGGGCAAGAUGGUUUUCGACAUGCACAUGGUCCUUUGUAUGACAAAAUAGAGAAUGAUUCAAAGAUUCCUUUGUAUUUUGGGUGCACAACAUUCACAAGGUUGUCUGCGGUGUUAGCUUUGGUCAACUUGAAGGCACGAUUUAGGUGGAGUGACAAAAGCUUUACUGAAUUGUUAGUGUUAUUGAAAAAAUUGCUUCCUGAAGAGAACACGUUGCCAAAGAGUCACUACGAGGCGAAGAAGAUCUUAUGUCUAGUGGGAAUGGAGUACCAGAAAAUCCAUGCAUGUCCAAAUGAUUGCAUAUUGUAUAGAAAUGAGUAUGCAGAAAUGCGCACAUGCCCAACAUGUGGUGUAUCCCGCUACAAGGUUAGCAACCAUGAAGACAGUUAUGUUGCAACCGUAGAGAACAGUCGUCCAGCAAAGGUUUGUUGGUAUCUUCCAAUAAUACCAAGGUUUAGGCGAUUGUUUGGUAAUGGACAUGAUGCAAAACAGUUGACGUGGCAUGUAGAAGGCAGAAAAAUUGAUGGAUUGCUACGACAUCCGACUGAUAGUCCGCAAUGGAAGGCAUUUGAUUCUUUGUACCCUGAUUUUGGGAAUGAGGCCAGAAAUCUAAGGCUUGGUGUUGCUUCGGAUGAAAUGAACCCUUUUGGUAACUUAAGCAGCAGUCACAGUUCAUGGCCUAUUUUGCUGAUGAUUUACAACCUUCCUCCUUGGUUAUGCAUGAAGCAGAAGUACAUAAUGUUUUGCAUGAUGAUAGCGGAACCAAGACACCCUGGUAAUGAUAUUGACGUGUAUCUAAGUCCGUUGAUUGAAGACCUGAGAACAAUGUGGGAACACGGGGUAGAUGUUUGGGAUGCGAAUUUGCAGGAGACCUUUAGGUUGCGUGCAAUGGUUUUUUGUACCAUAAAUGACUUUCCAGCAUAUGAAAAUUUAAGUGGCUACAGUGUGAAAGGCCAUCACGCAUGUCCUAUAUCGAUUCGAGGAAUCUUGCCUGACAAAGUUCGUGUUGCCAUAACUCGUUUAUGCUUUGUUUUUAAUGCUAUAUGUAGCAAAGCCAUUGACCCUUGA